UGCGGCCCUCGGCCCUGCCCCCGCCGGCGGCCCCUCCGGCGUGUGCGCCCGUCAAGGGUGCAGCCCCCCGCGGCCCGCGGCGGAGCGCACGUCGGGCGGGGGUUCCGUGAAGCAGGGUUCUAGAACCAAAAUCCGGAAUAGCCUUGCGUAGUGCGGGCCUCCGCACGCUUAGCGUGUGUGGGAAGUGAGGGGGAGAAUUCUCCGAGACUCUCGACCGUGCCAAGCUUGGGUCGGGGCCAAGCUUUCAUUUUGCUCUUCAUCCAGAUCUUUUAGAGCUUGCUUUGGUUUGUGGGCAAUGCGCUUUAAAAGAGAACGUGGCUAAAAACCUCCCUGCCCAGAAAUCGGGGAGCGGGGCGCUGAGAUAGUUAGGUGUUUGAAAACACGAAAGCUGAAGUUCUUGGAUCAGUGCAGCCACACGGAGCCUCAGCUGCUUCCCAAUGGUGCUUUUAGCACUAACAGUGCCUCCUGACAUGGAAAAGUGAAAUAUGCGUACAUUUCUCAGUCUUUGUGGUAACUGGAUGCCCAAUACGACAGAUGAAAACAAGACCGGGAGAAGUGCUUAUUGAUUGUUUAGAUUCAAUUGAAGACACAAAGGGAAAUAAUGGGGAUAGAGGUAGACUUUUAGUCACAAAUUUAAGAAUCAUCUGGCAUUCCUUGGCAUUACCCAGAGUCAAUCUUUCUAUUGGUUACAACUGCAUUUUGAAUAUUACAACAAGAACUGCCAACUCCAAACUACGAGGCCAAACGGAAGCCCUUUAUAUAUUGACAAAAUGCAACACAACCCGAUUUGAGUUUAUAUUCACAAAUCUGGUUCCCGGGAGCCCCAGACUUUUUACUUCUGUGAUUGCAGUACACAGAGCAUAUGAAACUUCUAAAAUGUACCGUGAUUUUAAGUUGAGAAGUGCAGUCAUUCAGAACAAGCAGCUGCGGUUAUUACCACAGGAACAUGUCUAUGAUAAGAUCAACGGUGUGUGGAAUUUAUCCAGCGACCAGGGAAAUUUAGGAACUUUUUUUAUUACCAAUGUGAGAAUUGUGUGGCAUGCAAAUAUGAAUGACAGUUUUAAUGUCAGCAUACCAUAUCUGCAAAUUCGUUCAAUAAAGAUCAGAGAUUCAAAAUUUGGUUUGGCUCUUGUCAUAGAAAGCUCUCAGCAGAGUGGAGGAUACGUUCUUGGCUUUAAAAUAGACCCCGUGGAAAAACUACAGGAAUCAGUUAAGGAGAUCAACUCACUUCACAAAGUGUAUUCUGCCAAUCCAAUAUUUGGAGUGAACUAUGAAAUGGAAGAAAAGCCACAGCCACUUGAAGCUCUGACUGUUGAACAAAUUCAAGAUGACGUGGAAAUAGAUUCUGAUGAUCACACAGAUGCUUUUGUGGCUUAUUUUGCUGAUGGAAAUAAGGUUCCUCACAGGAUGGAUUCCCAGCGGGAGCUUGCGGAGGAACUCCGGCUUUACCAGUCCACCCUUCUCCAGGAUGGUCUAAAAGAUCUCCUGGAAGAGAAAAAAUUCAUCGACUGCACCCUGAAAGCGGGUGACAGGAACCUUCCUUGCCACAGACUGAUCCUGUCCGCCUGCAGCCCUUACUUCCGCGAGUACUUCUUAUCCGAAAUUGAGGAGGAGAAGAAAAAGGAGGUAGCGCUUGAGAACGUGGACCCCGCGAUCCUGGACCUGAUCAUCAAAUACCUGUACUCGGCCAGUAUCGACCUCAACGACGGAAACGUGCAGGACAUCUUCGCGCUGUCCAGCCGCUUCCAGAUCCCGUCCGUGUUCACCGUCUGCGUGUCCUACCUGCAGAAGAGACUGGCUCCCGGCAACUGUCUGGCCAUCCUGCGGCUGGGGCUUCUCCUCGACUGCCCGAGGCUUGCCAUCUCCGCCCGGGAGUUCGUGUCGGACCGCUUCCCGCAGAUUUCCAAGGAGGAAGACUUCCUGCAGCUGUCCCCGCAGGAGCUCAUCUCCGUCAUUUCCAACGACAGCCUCAACGUGGAGAAGGAGGAGGUGGUGUUCGAGGCAGUGAUGAAGUGGGUGCGGACGGACAAAGAGAACAGGGCCAAGAGCCUCAGCGAGGUGUUCGAUUGUGUUCGUUUUCGCCUCAUGGCCGAAAAGUACUUCAAAGACCAUGUUGAAAAGGACGACAUGAUUAAGAGCAACCCAGAGAUCCAGAAAAAAAUCAAGGUUCUGAAGGAUGCCUUCGCAGGCAAACUCCCAGAGCCUAGUAAAAAUGCCGAGAAGGCGGGCGCGGGCGAGAUGAACGGUGACGUUGGCGACGAAGACCUUCUUCCCGGUUACCUGAACGACAUUCCCAGGCACGGGAUGUUCGUCAAAGACCUCAUCCUCCUGGUCAACGACACAGCCGCCGUGGCCUAUGACCCCACGGAAAACGAGUGUUACCUCACAGCCCUAGCGGAGCAGAUUCCCAGAAAUCAUUCCAGUAUCGUUACCCAGCAGAACCAGAUCUACGUGGUCGGGGGCCUGUACGUGGAUGAGGAAAACAAGGAUCAGCCCCUGCAGUCAUACUUCUUCCAGCUUGAUAACAUAACAUCUGAGUGGGUCGGACUCCCACCGCUGCCAUCAGCCAGGUGUCUGUUUGGUCUGGGAGAAGUAGAUGGCAAAAUCUACGUGGUGGCCGGCAAAGACCUUCAAACAGAGGCUUCUCUGGAUUCCGUAUUGUGCUAUGAUCCUGUGGCUGCAAAAUGGAGUGAAGUGAAAAAUCUCCCUAUUAAAGUUUAUGGCCAUAACGUGAUUUCACAUAAUGGGAUGAUCUACUGUCUAGGCGGAAAGACAGACGACAAAAAGUGUACAAACAGGGUAUUCAUCUACAACCCCAAGAAAGGAGACUGGAAAGAUCUGGCUCCGAUGAAAACCCCUCGUUCCAUGUUUGGAGUGGCAAUCCAUAAAGGCAAAAUUGUGAUCGCGGGAGGUGUCACGGAAGAUGGCCUUUCAGCUUCAGUCGAAGCUUUUGACCUCAAAACCAAUAAAUGGGAAGUGAUGACGGAAUUUCCCCAAGAAAGAAGCUCCGUCAGCCUCGUCAGCCUGGCGGGGUCCCUGUAUGCCAUUGGCGGUUUUGCGAUGAUUCAGCUGGAGUCGAAAGAGUUUGCACCCACUGAAGUCAAUGACAUAUGGAAGUAUGAAGAUGAUAAAAAAGAGUGGGCUGGGAUGCUGAAGGAGAUACGUUAUGCUUCAGGGGCUAGUUGCCUAGGAACACGCUUAAAUCUGUUCAAAUUGUCUAAACUAUAAACAAGGUGACAAAAACAAUAGUUUGAGAGGUGGCUUGUUGGGACAGGAGGGCUUUAAUUUAUUGCCUUUCUCUAAGCCUGUAGGAUGAUUCAUGCAGGUUUACAGCUAUUCAUGUAGAGUUUCUAUGACGUAAAACAGUGCAGCUGAAAUCUCCAGAGAUUUUCCAGUGUGCCAGGUAGACAGCCAUUUGCUAAGAAGUUUAGUAUUCAGUUGAACAAUGUAUGUUUAUUAAACUUUUCUCCAAGAGGUGAGCUUUCUAAAUCUGAGCUGUUUACUAAUCCUUUGUAUUCUGAAGAUACAUUUACACUUGUUUUCUAUUGUAAAUGAAAUGCAUAUGUCUACAUUCUAAAGAGAUGUCUUUCCCUGUCUUGAGCUAUGACAGGAAUCUUGUGCCUUAUAAUGAAGAUGACUGGAAAUGCUGUUUAAGAAGUACAAUAAAUGAGUCUCCAGUCCUUUUCUCAA